AUGGUUUCAAUGAACGAAAGUGAGUUUGAGAAGCAGGACAAGUUGAGAUCUGUGUGGAAUGUCGACAUGCAGGUCAGUCUCUUCCACGCAAUGAGGGACCACAAGCCCGUCGGUGUUAAUCGACACUUCCAGAUGCUUUUCAUUCAUGACAAAAUAAACAAUACAAAUAAUCCCAAAGUGGCCAACAAAGACGUCUGGGACUAUCUAGGAACUCUCUAUGAUAUUAAUGCCCUGGUGAAUGACUCAGAGAGGAUACCAACUUUAUCAAAAGAAGUUGACUUUGAGCUGCCAACAACAUCUGACAACAACUUGAAGGAUCUUAUAAAUCUUGACUUUCCAAGACUGGGUGCCACAAUGUCUUGUCUGCUGACAUCUUCAUCCUCAUCAUCGUUGUCAUCAUCUUUCUUAGCAGAUGCCCACAACCUCGAUUCAAAAAAAUUUGAUGUUGAAUCUAACAGCUCAAAUGUUGAUAUAACCUCCACAGCCAUCAAUAACAUAACUAAUCCGUCUUCUACUAGUAAUUCCACUGAGACUAAUCCAAAGACCAAAGCAGACAGUCGCAAAAGAACAAGACAGAGCAACCCGGGUAACAACAACAACAGCAUUUGUGAAGUACCCCAGGCUAAAAGGAACCGGAGAAUUUAA